AUGCCGAAUAAUGAUGAUUCCACAUCUGCAUUACUAACUAUUCCUUCUCCUGCUUCUCGUUCUGUCUUUCAUGAGGAUGAAGAUGAUUAUACGCAUCCAUGUAAUCCUUUUUAUGUGCAUCCGUCUGAUGUUUUAGGAUUUUCUUUAGUUUCUGUACCUUUUGAUGGUACUGGGUAUGGGAGUUGGAGACGAACCAUCCUUGUGGCCUUAUCUGUUAGAAAUAAACUAGAUUUCAUUAAUGGAUCUUCAGUUAAGCCUCCUGACAACAUUGCUCGUAGUGUUGAGUACUCUGAACUUGCAAAAGAUAUUUGGAGUGAGUUGGAGGAAAGAUAUGGUCAAGGGUAUUUGAGCUUUGCUCACACCUCACAAGGAUCACUUGAUAUUGCUUCAUAUUUCAGCAAAAUCAAGCAAUUGUGGGAUGAAAUUGAUGGCUUGUCAAUUAGUAGAGUCAGGUCUUGUAGCAAUUGUGGUUUCAAAUCUGAUUAUCAAAAAGAUGAUGAUGUUCAAAAGAGGCAGGUUUCUACCUCUCCUCAGUUUCUCCCUACAUCUGCAUCUUUCAAUGCUGGGGUGUCUAAGCAGGGUUUUCCUUCCAGAGUCAAUUUUGAUGCUCAAAGACCUCUUACAUGUAAAUAUUGUAAGAAACCAGGUCACACUAUUGACAAGUGCUACAAGCUAUAUGGGUAUCCUUCAAAUUUUAAGUUCACAAAAGGGCUUGGCAGUAAGAAAACUGCAACUCACGUUGAAGUGAACUCUCAUUCUCCUCUUACUAAUGUGGUUCCUGAUUAUGUCAAGUCAUCUGAGUCUAGAAAUGCUUCAAUGGUUCCUGGUUUGACACAAGAUCAAUUCUCCCAACUGAUGAUGUUACUGCAACAAUCUUAUGUAUCUGCUGAUUCCUCCUCUACUCCCACUCUAAUGGCUUUUGCUAACUUUGCUGGCAAGCUGUUAUCAGAAAGUAUUCUGCUCAAGUCAUGCAUGCUUUCACAAGUAGAUAGUUUUGUUUGGAUAAGAGACUUCGGAGCUUCUGACUACAUGAUUUCUCAUAAGGACUCACUAACUCUUUAUACUAUACAUGCCCCUUCUCUGAAGAUGCCUCUAGUUCUUGGUAAACUGGACCACAAUCUCUACAAGCUCCUACUUCCUCCUGUUGCUUCUCCCAGUACUGCAUCCAGUUACUCUUCUAGUGUUAUUUCCCCUGUUGUUCCCCAUGUUAUUUCUCCUGUUUGUGUUUUCCCUGAGAUACAAGACAAUGCAAAGAAUGUAAAUAUUGCUGAUGCUGAUGAAACACAUAUAAAUACUAAUGCAAUUCUGAAUAAUAUCAAUAAAAUGGAUGUCGUUUGGCAUUAUAGGCUUGGGCAUAUUCCUUUUUCUAGAAUGAAACAUAUCUCUAUGUUUGGUUCACAGUUAGCUUCCAAACAAAAUUUUUCUUGUCCAAUAUGUCCACUAGCCAGACAAACAAGAUUACUAUUUCCUGAUAGUAGUAUACAAUCCACAAAGCCCUUUCAGCUGAUUCACAUUGACACUUGGGGUCUAUAUCACUCCCAUACCUAUACUGGCUCCAAAUACUUUAUAACCAUUGUUGAUGACAAUUCAAGAGCCACUUGGACCCACCUAAUGGGAGCCAAAAGCAAUGCUUUUGACUUCUUAAAAGCUUUCAUUGCCAUGACUGAAACUCAAUUCCAAUUGAAAGUCCAGCGUGUAAGAAGUGAUAAUGCCUUAGAGUUGGGAUCCAACACUCUUGGAUCAAAAUUCUUUUCUGAGAAAAGGGAUAUUGCAUCAGACAACAUAUUUUGGGGAGACUGCAUACUCACAGCCACCUACUUGAUAAAUAGGUUCCCUUCUAUUGUGUUAAAGAACAAGAGUCCCUAUGAGAUCUUAUAUAACAAACUCCCCACAUACUCAAAUCUUAGAGCUUUUGGAUGCUUAUGUUACUCUACUCUUCCAAAACCUCAUAGGGGCAAACUACAGCCUAGGGCCAUUCCUUGUGUGUUCAUUUGUUAUGCCUUUGAGAAGAAAGGCUAUAAGCUGUAUGAUUUACAGAAUAAAGUCUGUCUUUUCUCGAGAGAUGUUAUAUUUCAUGAACAUGUCUUUCCUUUUGUUAAAUCUGGAUCUUCUUCCCUUACCAUGUCAAAUUUACCAUUUUCUGCCUGUUUUGGUCACUUUGUUAAACAACAUUCCUCACUGUCCCAUGAUCUAUUUUACCCUGCCCCAUCAGUUGCAUCUCCUGUUUCUCCUCCUCCCUCUAGUCCUGCUCCUUAUGAUUCUGAACUAUCUCUGAACAACUCUCUUAUUUCCUCUAAUCUCCCUCUUUCUUUUCCUGAAUCUGAUUUUUCUCCUUUAAGGAGAUCAUCUAGGCCUCACAACCUUCCUUCUUAUUUACAUAAUUAUGUCUGCAAUUUACCUAAUCCUAGCUCCAGGUCUGCUAAUUCAACUGUUAUGUCUACUUCUAGUGAGCAUCAUGCAUUUGAGCCUACUACUUACUCUCAGGCAGCAACUAUCCCUGAGUGGCAGACUGCUAUGAGAAAAUAG